GGAAUAAAUACCAGGUUUUGCGCGUUGUGUUGGCGGUGCGUGCGUGAGCUGCUCAUUUGUAUCUGGUGUUUGCGUGAAUCCUCAUCUCUUCACUCUUCCAUCCAACUUCCCGCGACUCCAUUGCCAGCGAAAUCCAGCGACGACUCGACCAGCGACAGCUGUGUAAGCAAGAACAAGACUCACACGCCAUACCAUUGUAAAUUCGAGCAAAAACAUCCUCGACCAACCCAGAAACCCUCAGAUCACGAGAUUUGAGAAACCCAAACGAAAUAAACCAAAACCGACAUACAACACAUUCAAGAUGGCGACGUCGCGCCCCAUGAAACACAUUGAUCGCGAGGAUCUCUACACCAACCUCGAGUCCCGCGUCAUGUACCUUCACUCAUUUCUCGACUUCUCCAGCCGCGACAUCGAAGCUCUCAUCACGGGCUCCAAGUACGUCAAGGCGCUGAUCCCGGCCGUUGUCAACAUCGUGUACAAGAAGCUGCUGCAAUACGACAUUACGGCCCGCGCCUUCACCACGCGCAGCACCUCGUUUGAGGGCCCGCUGGACGAGGUCCCCGACGAGAACAGCCCACAGAUUCUGCACCGUAAGAUGUUCUUGCGUGCGUACCUGACCAAGCUUUGCUCGGAUCCCAGCAAGAUGGAGUUUUGGGAGUACCUGGACAAGGUUGGCAUGAUGCACGUUGGUCUCGGCCGCAAGCACCCCCUGCACAUCGAAUACGUCCACCUGGGUGUCUGCCUCGGCUUCAUCCAGGACAUCAUGACCGAAGCCAUCCUCUCGCACCCUCGCCUCCACAUCCAGCGCAAGACAGCCCUCGUCAAGGCCCUCAACAAGGUCAUCUGGAUCCAGAACGACCUCAUGGCCAAGUGGCACGUCAAGGAGCGCGAUGAGUUCCUCAACGAAUCUGACAUUGAGGUCGAGAAGGAGGGUUACCUGCACGGCAAGCGCAUCAUCGGCGACUCCACCGAGUCCGAGUCCGAGUCCGGCGACCACCCGGAUGCGCCCAUGGACCACCCCGGCGGCAUCCCCUCGGCCGGCGUUUGUCCGUUCUCCGGGAUAAGCGCCAGCGGCGCGGGAGUGGCUAAGGAAGCUGUUUAAAGGAGGGGUGGCUUUUGGCAUUAAUAUCUGGCGUUAAUUUCACCAUCAUGAGGAUUGUUUUUGGCAGGCAGGCAAACGGCAUUCAGGACCUGGGAUUGUAUCUUGCGUAUUUCUUCACUUUUCGGGCUUUUUUUCAUUGGGUUAGGGGGGAGAAGCUAAGAAGGGGAAAAGGAAUCAAAUAUUUCAACAACCAACAAACGGCAGCCUCUUUCUUCAGCAUUGACAAGUUUGUACAUAAGCUUUUGGAGGAGGACGCAUAGAGAGGGAUGAGUUCGCUGGCGUGUAUGACUACGAUAUAGAGAGCAGGUAUGGGCAAUACACAGUGUAAUAUACCCAGGGCUUAGGACUCAACUACCCUCUUUUUACCUUAGAUGGGUCAUAGCUCCAAGCUACGGAGGGCUCUUUUAAAAGUCUUAUCCAAGCGCUAGUAACAUCAU